CUCUCCUCGCUUUUACCGUAGAGCACACUGGAUUGAACCAUUAGUGAACGGACAACCGGACUAUUCGGGCUCUGGAAAAAGGUUCGGGAAAAGCAGAAUUUGCUAUUUUCUUUUCAUUUGAAGGCUACAUUUCUCUGUAAGGACCCGUUGACAGCAGAGCCAGGAUGGAUGCUCACGGCAUAUUCUCACUUCUGUUGCUGUGUUCUGUCACUGAGCUGUGCGUGUUGGCGAGCCUUGAGGGGAAUGACUCCCAGCAGCACCAUACCCAGAACGUCUACCACGACAUCGGUGUCACCAGGAACACCAUAGUCACUGCUCAGUUUGAGUGCUAUCAGAAGAUCAUGAAAAACGACAAACACAACAAAAUAGGGCCAGUUUGUAACAGGACGUGGGAUGGCUGGCUGUGCUGGGAGGACACAGAGGCAGGCUUCACUACAAACCAACACUGUCCAGACUACUUCCAAGACUUUGACACAGCAGAAAUGGCGUCCAAAGUGUGCAGUGAAACGGGUAAUUGGUUUCUACACCCGGAGAGCAACAGGACAUGGACAAACUACACCAAAUGUACGGCAUACACCAGUGCAGGAAGAGUGACAGCGAUGAAUCUCUACUACCUGGUUCUGAUUGGACAUGGACUGUCGCUAACGUCAUUGUUCUUCUCAUUGGGAAUAUUUUUCCAUUUCAAGAGUCUAAGCUGCCAGAGGAUAACGCUCCACAAAAACCUAUUUUUUUCAUUUGUGUUGAACUCGGUCAUCACCAUCAUCUGGUUGACAGCGGUAGCUAACAACCAGGGACUAGUGCAGAGCAACCCUGUGAGCUGUAAGGUGAUCAUGUUUAUUCACCUGUACCUGUUUGGCUGUAACUACUUCUGGAUGCUGUGUGAGGGCAUCUACUUGCACACACUCAUCGUCGUGGCUGUGUUCGCCGAGAAACAACACCUCAUGUGGUACUACCUGCUUGGAUGGGGAUUUCCACUCAUACCUGCAUUGAUACAUGCAAUAGCACGAAGCUACUACUACAAUGAUAAUUGUUGGAUCAGCUCAAACACUUCCCUCCUCUACAUUAUCCAUGGUCCCAUCUGUGCUGCCCUGCUGGUGAAUCUUUUCUUCCUGUUAAACAUUGUGCGUGUCCUCAUCACCAAACUGAAGGUGACCCAUCAAGCUGAAUCUAGCCUCUACAUGAAGGCUGUGAGAGCCACCCUGAUCCUCGUCCCUCUCCUGGGCAUCCAGUUUGUCUUGUUCCCCUACAAACCCCAGGGACGCUUCGCCUUGGAGAUCUACGACUAUAUUAUGAACAUCCUCAUGCACUACCAGGGUCUCCUGGUUGCCACCAUCUUCUGCUUCUUCAAUGGGGAGGUCCAAGGUGUUUUGCGAAGGCACUGGAACCAGCAGAGGAUCCAGUUUGGCAGUAACUUUGCCCACGCAGAUGUCUUCCGCUCAGCCUCAUACGUGGCGUCAUCCCUGACGGAGGUGCAUCGCUGCUACAGCAUCGACGGGCACACCGAACACAUGAACGGCAAGAACAGCUACCACGACGUGGAGACGGUGACACCCACCAUACUCCGGUCGGACAACCCGUUUGCCUGAGACUGAAGGUGGGAAGUCGCGGGUCUUGGGUCUGUACAGUUACACAGUGGCAGUUCAACUUUCAGUUGAAAUGGCUGCAGACAAUUUGGAACUCUUUUCCCACCAUAUUCUAGAACAUUUUCUCAAACUUCUUGGCAGUCGCCUUCACAGCAAUUGGAUGAUGGUGAAAAAGUACAUGAACGUUUAUAGGGGGCACUACUCAGCCUCUUGAUCUGGUCAAUACAGUUACCUUCAACUGAUCCACUUUAACUUCACGAGGACGGAAUAGGCACUUAACUA